GCGUGACGUUAACGUAUUACCGUCGAAAGGAAAGUUUCAUCUCGGUGGAAUCUUAGCAGAGAAUCGAUCGCAAGUUUUAUCAAACUCAAACUUAACAGCCCAAGGAUGUCUCUCGAUGUGUUCAGUGAAGAUUAUUGGAGUUCGACAGCUAGAUGUACAAUCAGAGAAAGAUGUAAGUUUAUGUUUAACAACAAGCUCUUGAGCGAUGUGAAAUUUGUCGUUCGAGACGCUGAAGGCGGAAGUGAAAGUAUGAAGAAGAUUCCAGCUCACAAGUUCUUGUUGGCGAUCAGUAGCCCAGUAUUUUAUGCCAUGUUUUACGGUGAAUUGGCCGAGAAGAAAGAUUCAAUCGAUAUUUCUGAUUGCGAUCAUCAAAGCCUGUUGGAGAUGUUUCGUUUCAUGUACAGCGAUGAAGUGAACUUGAACGCAGACAAUGUCAUGCAAGUGCUGUAUUUGGCCAAGAAAUACAUGCUUCCUUCCCUCGCUGACAAGUGCACAGAGUUCCUUUGUGAAAACCUGGAUGCGUCAAACGUGUUGCAUGUGUUACCAGACGCACAGAAAUACGAAGAGAAAGAUUUGGAGGAUCAUUGCUGGGAAGUGAUCGAUAAGGAGACAGAAGAAGCUGUGAAAUCGGAUGGCUUCAUGACAAUUGAAAAAUCAGUUGUGGAAGAAUUGGUCGAGAGAGAAUCGUUGAAUGUGAAGGAGGUGGAAUUAUUCAAAGCUGUCGAUUGCUGGGCUUCAAAGGAAUGUAAAAAGAAAGGGCUAGCUGCAGAAGGUCCUGUGAAAAGAAGGAUCCUCGGAGAACGGAUCGUAAAGGCAAUUCGUUUCCCUGUGAUGAAAGAAAAGGAAUUUGCUGAUGUUGUACUUGACAGUGAGGUCCUUACCCCGAGAGAGUCAUUCGAUAUGGUGAAGUAUUUUAAUUCUUUGCGGAAGGUCCCAGAGGGGUUCACUGAAUCCCCAAGAGCUGGUUGUCGUCUAGCAUUCAAAAGACCGGAUAGGAUGAAGACGGUUUAUUCUCCGCGGAUAGUCGGUGUUGGAUCAGGAAAAACAUCCAAAGAGUCGAAAAACAUACAAUUCCGGAUAUCUUGCUUUUGUGGAGCUACGAAAUUAGUAAGUGAUGUGUAUGGAAAUACAUCUUGCUGUUCUUGUGGUUCAAGGAUCGGUUAGUAUGGCGCCAACAUCGCUGACAGUAAGAGAAAGUAAGAGGAACAUUUUUUGUCUUCUUCGCCGUGACUAAGCUUUCACUGUAGUUAAUUACAAAGAACUGGCAAAACCCUGUUGAUCUGUUAAUUUGUAGAGAAGCAAAUUUAAUUAAGCAAAUAUCAUGCUGCAACCGGCGAUAUCCAAGAAUUGGUGAGGGGCCCUUAAGGUGAUUCCCUAGUAAAAGAACCCGCUAUAGAUUUCCGAUGAAACUUGGUAUGCUGUUUUCACAGCACAAGGAGAUAUUAAAAACGUAAUAAAAAGAGAGGGUCACCCUGCUUGUUUUCACGCCAUAAUGCUGACAAAUAUAGUUAUUAAGGUGACUUUUGGUAAUCUUCGUGCGCAACAAAUAAGCUCCAUUAUUUUUCAAUGCAGCGUUUUAU